CAUGUGACCCACGCCAAAGCGUGACACGUGAUCAGCGUGCGUCGCAGUCGGCGUCCCACGUGACCCACGCCAAGCGCCAGGUCGCAAAAUGGCGGCAAUGGUAGUGCCGAUUCAUAAGCUCAGUCACAAGAAAUUCAGAGCUUUACUGAAAAAAGAAAAACGCAAGAGAAAGCGGCAGGCAGCGGCUAAACAGAGAGAAGAAGAAUUAACUUGUGACAAUGACAUAGAAGAGGCAGAAGAACUUGAAGAAGAAAAAGAAUUGGAGGCUGAAAGGCAACGUUUGCAUUUAGAAUGGUUGGAAAAAGAAAAGCGGGCACAAGAAGAAUUCCUACUAAAAAAGGAAAAGGAAGCAGCAGCACAGAAAAGGCAGGAAGAGGAGGAGAGAAAAAUCAGAGAAGAAUGGGAACAGCAGCAGAUGAAAGAAAAGGAGGAAGUAGAGCACAAACGUCAGGAGCGGAGAGAACGAGAGGAGGCUGUUCAGAAAAUGCUGGAUCAGGCGGAAAGUCAGCUUGAAAAUGGUGGCACAUGGCAUAAUCCAGAAGCACCAGAGGAUUAUGGGACAGAAAAGGAUAAAUCAUUUUGUCCAUUCUUUCUUAAAACUGGGUCUUGCAGAUUUGGUGAUAGGUGCUCUCGUAAACAUGUCUAUCCAGCAUCAAGUCAGACCCUUCUUAUUAGAGCCAUGUUUAUUACUUUUGGCAUGGAAGAAAGCAGGCGAGAUGACUAUGAUACCGAUUCUGGUCUGGAGCACAGUGAGGAGGACAUUUACCAGCAGUUCAUGGAAUUUUAUGAGGAUGUGUUGCCUGAAUUUAAGAGCAUUGGGAAAGUUGUACAAUUUAAGGUCAGUUGCAAUUAUGAGCCACAUCUGAGAGGAAAUGUGUAUGUGCAAUAUCAAAAAGAAGAGGAAUGCCAGCAAGCCUUUGCACUAUUCAAUGGGCGCUGGUAUGCAGGGAAACAGUUGCAGUGUGAAUUUUCACCUGUAACUCGAUGGAAAACAGCAAUAUGUGGACUUUACGAAAGGCGCAAGUGCCCCAGAGGGAAACAUUGCAACUUCCUUCACGUGUUCCGGAAUCCUAACAGUGAAUUUUGGGAGGCUGAUCGAGAUCUUUGCACAUCACCAGAGCGAAGGAAAUCCUACUCUAACAAGUAUUCUGAGAGGCGAGAUAGAUUGAGCCAUCGUUACGAUAACCAUAGUCGAUCUAGGAGGAAGUAUAGUUGUAGUCCAGACAAAAAGCAGAGGUGGUCUGGAGAGCCUGAAAGGAAUAGGAGGAGAAGCAGAAGCAGGGAAAGGAGAAGGUUGCAGAGGUCCAGGAGCAGGAGCCAGGAAAAAAAACGGUCACGAAGUAAAGAAAGGCAUCGCAGAAGCCGGAGUAAAGAAGCUCGCAGAUCACAAAGGUCCCGCAGCAGAAGUCAGGAACGAAGGAGGUCCAGAAGCAGAGAGAGAUGCCGAUAUAGGUCGAGGAGCAGAAGUCUGGAACGGUCACUGAGCAGAAGUCUGUCUCGAUCCAGGAGUAAAAGCCGUGACCGGUCCAACAGCAAGGACCGAGGGACAGAGAGGUCACGGUCUAAAAGCAGAAGUCCUCCUCAUGGGUGGAAUAAGAAAAGUAAGAAGGAAUCAGAAAGUAAAGAGAAAAAAAGCAAAAAGAAGGCUAAGAAAGCGAAGAAAUCUAAAAACAAGUCUGAAAACAAAUCAAAGGGCCAUAAAUCAAAAAGACUAGAAAGUGAUCUCAGUCACUUGCCAGUUAGUUCACUGGAAAAGGACUCACAAGUCACCGUGGACCAUCCUGAUGUAAGAAGCCUUUCCACUUCUCCGAGUGUUAAGAGCUCUACAAGUGAUACAACAACAGCUACCAAACUGAAUGACACAAUUGAAACAGAAGCUGUUGAUGAAUGAAGGUUGGUGCUGGAAGAUGCACGACAAUGGAGUGUGGGUCUUUGGCUGCCCAAAGCAGCACUGUGAAGCUGAAGAGAAACUCUUAAAGGACUGCUAUCCAGUUGUAGAACUGGCCAGACUUUGCAUGCUGUUCAUACCUUGAAGCAUCAUGAAAGUGCAGAAUCCUUUUGAAUAGUUUGGCAGCUAGGAUCAGUGUGGCAUUAGCAAUGCCAUAUACAUAUAUUGAGCUGCUGUGAUCCCUUAUACUUAGAAGUUUCCAUCCCACUUUGCUGUUUCAGAAAGAGGAAAAAUUCAUUACGCAUCUACUACGUGCCAUACUUUUUGGAAAAACCUGCUUGAACCAGCAAAGUGGCCUUCUGCGCUGUAAAUGGAAUAUAGACUGAAAUAUGUCACAGAAGAGUUGUACUUUGGUGAACAUGGAUUUGUGGAGGAAACAGUUAUGUAAAGUCUUGGUAUCAUGUUAAUAAAGUUGGGACACUUACAGUAACAGAGGGUAAAGUUUAUUUCAAACAUGAAGCGUCAAUUUGGAUCAAUUAUCCAGCAUGAAAUUUUCCCAUUUUUCCCUUCGUUGUAUAUUUUGUUUAUAAAUGUUACCUGGGACGUAGGCAGCAACUGAUAUUGCAGAUAACAAUUUGUUUGUCAGUAAUCUGAUUUUAGGUGAAAUAUUGUUACAUUUUGACCAUUCAGUAUAUCCAACAUGUGAUUUAAGCCAUUCUCACGUAAUAAAUUCUGCAUUUUUCACAAUAUUUGCCAAAUUUUAUGUUCUUUAUACCAAAGCAUGUGUGACUAGUAAGGCCAAUGGCAGUAAUGGAGAAAAUGGUGGAAUCCAUUAAUGAUGCAAUUAAAGAACACCAGGCAGCAGGGAUUUAUGAACAGGAAAUCAUGCUUAACAAAUCCACUGAAAUAUGAGAACAUUAGUGUGGAUAAAGCUGCUGGGCUUGACUAGAUCUAUCCCAAUUUGGUAAGGGAGGAGAUAACUAUGGGUCUUAGUUUUGAAUCUUCAUUAGCCACAGGUGAGUUUCCAGAAUACUGGAUGCUGGGUAAUGUUAUCCUCGUGUUCAAAACGGACAAAAGGAUAAACCAGGACAUUACAGGCCAGCGAAUCUUAGUGAUAGGAAAGUUGAAGAUUUGGGUUCACUUGGAAAGGCAGGGACUGAUUGGGACAUCAUGUCCCACUAGUCAGAAUUGCUUUGGGAUAUAUAACAUUCAAUUUUGCAAAUCCCAUUGUAUUAAAACAAUGUUUAAGUAACUCAGAAGGCCAAGGCACAAGGGAGCUGUGUUGGGAAAUGGGACCCAAAACUCUUGGUGGUGGAGGUAUAAGUUACAAUGAAUGUUCUGUGAACAAUUGGUGCUUGGACUGCUAUCAAAUAUGACUGGUGGCAUGAUGGCACAAUUCUAUUGAAAAUGGGAUGAUGAGUUCCUGCUAUCCAGAAAAUGAACAAAGCUGCAACUGUUGAAAAUAUGAAGUUAUAUCUCAAUACUGAAAAUGCACUUGCAUUUAAUUUUAAUUUAGAGAUUCCGUGCGGAAACGGGCCCUUCAGCCCAGUCUGCACUGACCAGCGAUCCCUUCACAUUAACACUAUCCUACUCACACACACUAGGGACAAUUUACAUACACCAAGCCAAUUUACACAAACCAACCGGUGUGUCUUUGGAGUGUAGGAGGAAACCGAGGAUCUCUGAGAAAACCCACUCAGUCACGGGGAGAAACGUACAAACUCCAUACAGACAGCACCCAUAGUCUCAUCCGGCGCUGUAAGGCAGCAACUCUACCACUGUGCCACCCCAAUCUACCGUACUAUUAUUCAGUGCUCAUGUGGUAUUAGUCCACCAGAUGAUCACUUUGCAGGGGCGAUCCCGAGCUUCCCAUUGCCUGCCACUAAUUCCACAACCCACUCACUGAACAUUCAAUCUGUGGCUUCCCAUAGUUACAAUGUGGCCCACGACAGACUAAUAUCUUUCAUCUGAGCAUGAUGUAGCCUUCGGGGCUGGCAUUCUACAAUUUAUGUACCUUGAAGGACAUCUCCAGUCUGACCUGCCUGGCCCAUCUUCCUACUCUGCAUUUCACAACUGCUGUGCUCUCACCAAUUGCUCCCAUUCAUUCAACUAGGGAACCAUUACAGCUUAUACCAUGGUUUCCCCCUGUCAAAGGCAGCAGCUUAACAAGCUUUGUCUCCUUCCUAGUUUUAACAGAGACUUUAACCUGGCUUGUUAACUGUGUUUCUCUUCCCUCGGAUGCAAUCUGAACUGUUGGAUAUUUCCAACAUUCUGUUUUUAAAGCUGUUACCCCCAAAGUCAGCUUUGCUUGUCAUGUACUUUCAACAAAGUGAUAUGUUCUUUUAACAGGACAUGAGUUUUGGUCAGUGGGAGUAUACAUUAAAAUAGACAACAACAAGUAGAUACCCGUUCUUUUAACACAAUCUGUUAACUACCCGAGUGAAUGAAUCUGCAAACUACCCACAAUUACACAGUGAAAAAUCGAUCGGUCUGAAAAAUACCAAAUAGUUUUAAUCAUAAAUUUGUUGCUUAAUCGCAAACGGUACAGCAGUUAUGUUAUGUAUAAAAAGAACAUUUUAAAUCUGCAUCUUGUAUAUUUGUUGUAAUACUUUAACUCUGUGAUGUUUAUUACGUGAAGACAAAUCACUGGACUAUCACUGUCUGACAAGCUUGUGAUAAACAGUUAAAGCUUGCUACAUUUUUGCACAAGGCAAGCCAUUUGACCAAAAAUAACAUUGAAGCAAGAGCAAACCUGAUUUGACUUAGACAAGAUUUUUUGCAAACAACUAUACUAAUUGUUGUUUAAACCACAUAACAAAAUGCCUAGGUGAAAUUACAGUAUGUUUGGUGAGAUAAAAGCACUUGGAAUAGGAAUACUACAUACUGAACAGAUCCAUACAACACUGAUUGCUGUAAAAUGAUGCCUCUGCAAUUAUAUCUGAUGUGGGGCAGUGUUGCAAGAUACUGAACCAAUGGUUAUUCCACAUCAUUGAAAAUUGCCUUUUA